AUGACUUCCUUAGAUAACAUAAAAGACACUUCAACACCAAAACGCCGACGAAUGGGCACUGGAAGAAUAUUUCGCUCCAGUCUGAACAAAAGUAAGCAAAACAAUGAUUUACUAAUGGGCUUUAGUCCAGUAAUGAUUCCUAAACAUAACGAUGUCGAGAACAAUACCACAGAAAGAUGUGAUUCUCCGCUUCUGCCAUGUAACCAAGUAGAAUUUCGAAGUAUUUGUGAUUCGGAAAACAAUAGUUCAAUUUGUGAUAUUCCACCCUCCCCGGAUGUGUUACCGGCUUCAGUUGGAAACGAAUGGGAGUCAUUAAACAUAUGUACUAGUCAUAUAAAUGAAAUUGAUGAAAUAAGUACUGAAGACAGAAAUAAUCAAGUAUUAUCAGAAUUUAUAGAAGAUAUUUCAGAUGACAUGUUUCAAUCGAAAUUAGAUCAAUCUCACAUAAAAGAGAUUGACAAGAAAUUCACGGAUAAUAUUGAAAAGAGUUUUGAUAUGGUAAAUCAAUCAAUAAGUAAUCUAGAUGAAAUAAUGAAGAACAAAAGUUUAUUAUUUGAAACUAGAGACUCAUUCUUACUUGAUGUGAAGGAAGAUCCUACUCAACACAUACAGUCUAAUCUAAACAUCAACAAAAAAGAAGAAUUUAAAGUGGAGAACAGUUUUUAUGGUUUGCCAAUGAUUGCUAAAGGAUUGUUUAAAACUUAUAGGAACAUAGAGAAAUUUUAUGAGUGGCAAGAAGAAUGUUUGAACUUGGAAGCAAUACAUGAAAGGCGCAACUUGAUUUAUGCUCUGCCAACAAGUGGGGGUAAGACCCUAGUGGCCGAGGUGCUCAUGCUGAGGGAAGUACUGAACAGAAAGAAGAAUGCCUUGUUCAUACUGCCAUUUGUGGCCAUCGUUCAGGAAAAGAUCUGGGCUUUAUCAACAUUUGCUGUUCAACUAGACUUUCUAGUUGAAGAAUAUGCAGCAGGCAAGGGUCACAUACCACCUAAAAAGAGACGGAAAAAGAACAGCAUUUACAUAGCAACUAUUGAAAAAGGCCUGGCUUUAGUCAGGAGUUUGAUUGAGCUGGAUAGAUUGCAUGAAAUUGGACUUAUUGUGGUAGACGAACUACAUUUAAUUGGCGAGAGUGGACGUGGCGGAACGUUGGAAACAUUAUUAACGACUGUCAUUUUUACCAACAAGGACAUUCAAAUAGUGGGCAUGAGUGCAACAAUAGGCAAUCUACACGAGAUCGCACAGUUCCUCCGAGCCGACGUGUUUCAACGACAGUUCCGUCCGGUGGAGCUGACGGAGUACGUCAAAUUGGGGGACAUGCUACACAAGAUCGUGUGGGGACCUGAGGGCGUUGAGAUUGUACCGGAUAGGGCGCUUGCUUAUAAUUACUCGGCAGCAGCAACAUCCUUAGACCCUGAUCUUAUCGGCGGCCUGGUCUCCGAGGUGGUACCUAAAGGCUCUGUCCUCGUAUUUUGUCCAACAAAGCGCAACUGUGAGAACGUCACUACCUUAUUAUGCAAGUUACAAAGACGUGAGAUGGUAUCACACAAAGCGGCUGAACGGCAAGCGCUGGAAAGUGCAUUAAGGGCUGAGGGAGCAAAUUCUGAUCUUGCACAAGCAGUGAGGUAUGGCAUCGCUUACCACCACGCGGGACUUGCAAGCGACGAGCGGUCGCUACUGGAACAAGCUUAUAGGUCAGGUACAAUAUCAGUAUUAUGCUGUACGUCGACCCUGGCUGCCGGCGUCAACCUGCCAGCGCAGCGCGUCAUCAUCCGCGCGCCGCACGUCGGCAGGGACUUCCUCACGCUCGGGGCAUACCGGCAGAUGGUGGGCAGGGCCGGGCGCGCCGGGGUUUGUGAUACUGGUGAGAGUAUAGUGAUAUGUGGCGCGAGUGUAUGGCCACAACUACAAGCCGUGCUACGCGGGGGCCUGGCGGCGGCACGCAGUGCUCUGCGUCGCGGGGCCCAGGGCCCCGGGGGCCUGCCCAGCGGGGCCCUGUCAGGGUUGCUACUGAGCGGUGUAGCGCUGCGCCUGGCGUGUACUCGCGCGCGCAUGCGAGAGUUCCUGGCCUGCACGCUACUCGCUGUUACUGGGGACGAUUCCUGCAGUCCGUCAGAUAUAAAUACGUUACUGGAUGAAACACUACGCUCCCUCCUACAAUCCGGCGCACUAGAGGUGGCGAAGGGGGACAGGGGACAAGGGAAGCGGGGUGAGGGGGACACGUCGCAUGUAGCAGUGCGGGAGUGCCGCGUGUAUAAUGAUACUGAGCUGGCCGUCAGCGCAUUGGGCAGUGCUGCUAUUAAAGCUUGCAUGGACUUGACAGCGGCAGAGCAGUUCCUGGUAGACUUGGAUCAAGCCUCCAAGAGCCUGGUGGUGAUGGGGAGCCUACAUCUGUUGUAUCUGGUCACGCCACAAGAUGCCGCAUCCAUUAAGCCGGACUAUGCUCAUUAUUAUUCUUUGUAUUCCGCUUUGGACGAAGAAGGUAUUCAGACUGCGAAAGUAUUAGGAAUCACUGAACAAAACGCUAUCCGUAUGAUGACAGGGAAACCUAUUACAAACGUGUCUGAGAGAGUAUUGUGUCGGUUCUACUUAGCCAUGAUGCUGCAUGAUUUGUGGAAGCAAGUUCCUUUUCCCACCGUGGCUCAUAAGUACAACUUGCCGCGCGGCAGGGUGCAGGCCGUGCUGGCGGCGGCGAGCAGCGCGGCGGUGAGCGGCGCGCGGCUGUGCGCGGCGCUGGAGUCGCGCUGGGCGGCCGCCGCGCUGCUGGCCGAGCUGGCGCCGCGGCUGCAGCACGCCGCCGCGCCGGAACUCACGCUGCUCAUGGAUUUGCCUAAUGUUAAGAAGGCGCGCGCGCUGCAGUUGUCCCGCGCGGGGUACCGGCGCGUGGAGGACGUGGCGCGCGCCGGCGCGGCCGACCUGUGCGGCGCCCUGCCGCAUCUCUCGCGCGCCGCCGCCACGCAGCUCGUCAGCGCCGCCAGGAUGAUACUCAUUGAAAAAGUGGAAAAUCUUCGGGCUGAAGCUGAAGACGUCAUGGACGAGCUUAAUUCUUGA